CCCACCCCCCCCCCCCUAAACGCCAAUCCGUACAUGCCACCUGCCUUACUUCGCCCUACCUCACCUUCCUUGCCUUUUCAAUCCAUUCUCUACGUACCUUCACUUUUCUUCUUCUCCUGCCGUCUUACGUGCCUUACAAAGUGCCUUCGUGCCUUCCUACCUUACCUCACCUGCGCCCGAGUUCCAAUCCGUGGCCUUUUAUCCUUCCCUUCCUUUCUCAUUCGUUCCUCCGCUCCUUGUCCCCCGUGGCUCUGGCUCUGGCUUCGGCUCUGGCCUUACCUUUAGCUUUUCCUUCCCAAAACGACAACGACGGAAACCAAGAAAUGACAUCGAAUUAGCAUACACAUCAUCCUUGCUGCUUUUCGACUUCUUUGGACCCCGGGGUCCUCCAUCCUUCGACUCGACUGUCUAGCGCUACCUGCAGUGUAGCACGCGACAGCAAUACAACUUCUCCUCCACCGCGCGACGAGAGCCUCGCUCCGGCGAGCCCGCAACCAUGAUGCCCCGCCGACGGAGCCGUUAUGUGAUUCUUGUCGCUGUUGUUAUGGUCUUUAUGCUGUAUCAGGUUUUCAAAAACCCUGAAUGGGAUUCCACAGGUCAAUCCAGCAGCAUCAAGCCCAGCGAACCCGAAAGGGGCCAAAACGUCCAUAAGGAUUCCUCGAAGCCACCCCCGGCCAACGAUCCCGCUUCCAACAAGCACCUCAACAACCAGCCGCCCCCCGAUAACGAACAUCCUCACGACCAAGAGGAAGACGAGCCUGAGCAGAACCCUCAGAAGCAGACGGCCAAGCCCACUGUCAAGAUUCCUCAGCUCAAAACGGAGAAGGCCAAGGCGCCCACCAACACUCUUUCUGGCCCUACCCUUUCCAUCCACGCCUACAAUGACGAGGUAGAGGCUACCAAGUCGCCCGAGGUCACCAAGGCGCCCACAAAGCCCCUAGAGUUGGAAGAAGACCUCCAUGCCAAGAAGCCUCCCGGCCGACCCAACUUUGAUAUCGCCGAGAGCCUGUCGACCUCGACAUCACAGAUCCACUGGCACAAGGUCUCCGAGCACUUCCCCGUUCCAACGGACGAGAUUAUCCCCCUCCCCACCGGCAAGCCCAAAGACAUUCCCAAGAUCCAAUAUGACUUCAAGCCAGAGUCCGAGGCUGCCAAGGACAAGCGCGAAAAGCGCCUAGCCCUGAUCAAGGCUGAAAUGCUACGAUCCUGGGGCGGAUACCGCAAGUACGCUUGGAUGCACGACGAACUUUCGCCUGUCAGCGGUCGAAACCGCGACCCCUUUUGUGGCUGGGCCGCUACUCUCGUGGACGGUCUGGAUACGCUCUGGAUCAUGGGCAUGAAGGAAGAGUUUGCCGAGGCUGUCAAGGCCGUCAAGGAGAUCGACUUCACCUACAGCCCGACGCGCCGUGACAUCCCGGUCUUCGAGACCACCAUCAGAUACUUGGGUGGCCUCCUCGCUGCUUACGACGUGAGCGGUGGCAAAGAGGGCGGCUACACUGUACUGCUGGACAAGGCUGUUGAACUCGCCGAAAUCCUGAUGGGCAUUUUUGACACCCCCAAUCGCAUGCCCAUCUUGUACUACAACUGGAUGCCCGAGUAUGCUUCCCAACCACACCGAGCUACGACCGUUGGCGUGGCCGAACUGGGCUCGCUAAGCAUGGAGUUCACACGCCUUGCCCAAUUGACCGGUAAAGACAAGUACUACGAUGCUAUCGCUAGAAUUACCGACGCUUUCGAGGACCUCCAGAACCGUGGCACCACCAUUGAUGGCAUCUUCCCUGAACAGCUGGACGCCUCUGGCUGCAACAGGACCGCAGAAGCCAUUAUUUACCAAGAGGCACAGGCUGCGGCUGCUAGUGCGAGUGCGGCCGCUGCCCGGUUGAGCGAGCCCCAGGGCCACGAGCCUGCGGCUGCUGAGGCCAAGCGUGACGAGACUGAUCCGAUUCUGCCGCAGGAAACUGCUGUGGCCAAGGGCAACGGUAGUGAGCCGGAAAGCAAUCCGCUCGCGAGGCGAGCUGUUGGUGUCGACAAGAAUGGCGAGUCUGUGGUUGAGAAUGCAAACAUCGAUAACAAGCAGGCUUUCCCAGCGCCCAAGGUCAACGAGCAGCCCUUGUACCCCGGGAAUAGUGGUCGGAGGCCAUCUACUCCUACAACACCCGAUAAGUCUUCAUGGGAGUGCAUCAAGCAAGGUCUUGCCCCUGGCGGUUGGGGAUACCAGCAGUACAGCAUGGGUGGUAGCCAAGAUUCCACCUACGAGUAUCUCCCCAAGGAAUAUCUCGUCCUUGGCGGUCUGGAGCAAAAGUACAAGACGAUGCACAUCAAAACGGUCGAGGCUGUGAAGAAGUGGCUUCUGUACAGGCCUAUGGUUCCCAAAGAAAGGGAUAUUCUCUUCUCGGCCAAGGUUUCGACCUCUGGCGACCCCGAAAAUGACCUGCGAACUGAGUAUGAAGUUACUCACCUCACCUGCUUCAUUGGUGGCAUGUUUGGUCUGGGAGGAAAGAUUUUUGACAGACCCGAUGAUAUUGAGAUCGCCAAGAAGCUCACUGACGGAUGCGUCUGGGCGUACGAGACUAUGCCCUCCGGCAUCAUGCCUGAAGGAGCCUCUGUCGUGCCCUGCGCGUCUACCAAGAGCUGCCCGUGGAACGAGACUCUUUGGUGGGAGCACCUCGACCCGUCCGCUGACUGGCGUGAGGCACAAGUCAAGGCGUGGGAGGACAGGCAACGUGAGAAGAAGCAGCAAAAGCAGCAGGACGCCCUCCGCAAGCAAACAACUGAACGAGGCAAUAAGGCUGUGGAGAAGUCAACCGAAGAGACAAUCCAGUCCGAGUCACCCGUCGAAAAGAAGGACCCUCUCGACGAUAUUCACGUUCCCAAGGAUGAGCCAAAGAAACUAGGAUUGGCUGAGAAAACCGAGUACCCAGCGCCUGAGCCUGGUCUGAACAAGUCCCCUUCAAACGUUGAUGAGCACCUCCUGAAGAAGAGAGACCCUGCUCCGCCAGUAUCUCAAGACCCUCGUAAGGGUACUGCUCAGGAGGCCGCCAGCAACACUCUGAAGGACAAGCUCGACCUGAACAACCCUGGAAGUGCCACUGACGAUAUCACCGGCAGUGUGCCCAACGAUGCACCCGUUAGCGGUGGCAUCGUGGGCAAGAUCGCGUUCGAAGAGGAGGGAGAGGUUCCCGACCCGAAGCCGCUCUCACACGAGGAGUGGAUCAAGGACAAGUUGGAGCUUGAGAAGAUCCCGCCUGGCUUCGUCAACAUCAACGCCAGGCGUUACAUUCUUCGUCCGGAGGCUAUCGAGUCCGUGUGGUACAUGUACCGCAUCACUGGAGAUCCUGUAUGGCAAGAGAAGGGAUGGAAAAUGUGGGAGGCCAUCAUCAAGGCGACUCGUACCGAGCAUGGCAACAGCGCCAUUGACGAUGUCCUAUCUGAAGAUCCUCAGCCUGUGGACGAGAUGGAGAGCUUUUGGAUCGCCGAGACGCUCAAGUACUUCUACCUCUUGUUCUCAACCCCCGAUGUCGUCAGUUUGGACGACUGGGUGCUCAACACCGAGGCGCAUCCGUUCAAGCGUCCUGUUUGAGGCGGGAUGAAGGUGUGAGUGUGACUGUGUGUGUACGAGGGAAAGGUGCAGAGAGCAUGACUUUUUGGCAUAAGAUAUCACGGGUGGUGGCUACCAUGGCGUUGCGGCGUGCUUGUGUUGAUUUGCAUGGCUUUAUUUGCUGGGGCUGAGAAUUGUUCGUUGUAUAAAGUUAAAAAGGGCUGCUAUCCAAGUGCUAGUCCGUAGCACAAUGAUGAGCGAUGAAACUGGCCAAGCCUGCCUUACUCUAUCUACCUGAAUCUAUCUUACCUCUAGUGAAUACAUUCGUUGAUGCUAUUUGAUGAGAUUAUCUUCCUAGUAUACAACCCCCCCCCCUGCUUGAUUAAUAUCAUGAUUACUCUC